AUGGUCCCAUUUUGUAUUUUUGUAUUGUGUUUUUUCUUACAAGCCGUACUGGCAGUAUAUAGUGACGAGGCAUUCAGGACAGACUGGCAAAUCGCCAACCUUGGUGAUCAAGUGUACCUGUCGGUAUUGACCGCCACUAAUUAUAUCACCAUCUCCAACAACGGGGUUCUUUCGGUACUCAAUAACACUAGCAAAGAUGGGCUUGUUCAAUGGAGACACCAGUUGGAACAACAUACUGAUGGGGAAAGAUUUCUCGGUGUGUUGAACAAUGAGGUUAUCGUUAGUGGUACUGAUAACCUUUUACAGCUAUGGAACACUACCAGCAGUUUCUUGAUCAGCUCGGUUUAUUUAGAUGCUCCAAUGGUUGGGAUCCAAAGCCUUUCCAAUGGUGAAUUAAUGGUAGUGGAUUCAUCGGGGGUGGUAUCUAAAGUUGAUUCACUAUUUCAAGUGUCAAGUGUUGCAGCCUUGGAAACCGGGAUAAUUAAAUCAAUUGAAAUUUCCUCAUUGAAUAAUGGUAAUGCCGUAAUAUUGAUCAAUUCUGAUGAUUUAUAUUUGGUGGAUCUUAGAUCAUCUAGUUUAUCUAAAGUAUCGCUUAAAAAUGAUUUGAAUAUUGAAGCCACCAGGAUUUUGACAAUGCACCAAAAUAAAGUAUUCUUUGUCACCCCAAAUGACCUUAUCAAUGUAUUGGUACUUUCUGAUCAUUCAAAAGUCAGCAAGUCUUCAUUUAAGGAAAUCAAGACCGAUUAUCAAUCAGAAUUAUUCAAAUUGCUCGAUUUGAACUCGUACAUCUUGGUGAAUAACUUUGACUACUAUGCGUCUACUACUAAGGAUAAGUCCUCGAUUAAGUACGCCUACACUUAUGAUGAAAACUUGGUGAUGUCUUUAUCCUAUAAUAAUAUCCAAUUAUUCGAUAGUGAACUAGGCAUUGAAAUUGUCAAAUACAAUCACAAUUUGGAUCUUGAUCUUGAUGGGGCUAAGAAUAUCAAGGUGGCAUAUACCCCUAGUGCUGAUGGAGCAAGCCAUAAUAUUCAUGUGGUGAUUGAAUAUUAUAAUAAGGAAAUUACUUCUAUUUACAACGAUGCUUUGUUAUGGAACCGUGAUGAAUCAUUAUCAGAAGUGGAUGAAUACAUUGUGUAUGAUCCUUCCAAAAAUUUGCAAUCACAACAACAAGAAGUGGCAAAUUUCCAGCAUUAUCUAGAAGAGGAAAACAAUGUCGACAUUUUUGGGGCUUUCAUGGCGCGUUGGAAAGAUCAUUGGCAACAAUUAAAGAAAUUGGAUCAAAUAAUUACGAGAGGAUUUGGCAAUAUUUUCUCAUUUGGUGAUGGUGAAAUUGACGCCAAACAAAAGAUCGAGUUUGGAUUGAAUAAGCAACUAGUGGUGUUAACUAAAAACAACAAAGUUUUCAAUUUGGAUAUGGAGACCGGGAAAAUUAAUUGGAAGUUUAGUCAAUUGAGCAAAUUCAUGGAUACCAACAACAGAUCGAUUACCGGAUUCUUGAACGAUAAUAACAAGAACAUCAAAAUUUGGUUUGAUGACGGUUUCGUGGUUACUUUGGAUAUUGCUAAUGGCAUGGUCAAACAUACCACCGUUGAUGGCAUACCAGCACACAAAAAACUCAUUCCGGUAAACUUGAACGAAUUUAUUCAUGAAGAACCAGCGGGAUUGUUGGAUGAUGAUCUCAUUUUGCGACUUGAUGGUGAUCAAUUCCAGUAUAUUUCCAACAAUGAUGCGACCCCAGAAUUAUCUCAAGAUUUAUUUUUUUCCUAUAUUAAUGACGACUCUACGGCCAUCGAAGUGUUUAUGUUUAAUCCAUCUUCAAAAGCCCUUGUUAAUGCUUGGAAAUUUCAAACUGAUGCUAACGAGAAAAUUGUCGCCACUGCCUCUUCGGCUCGUAAUCCUAACUCCAUGGCUUCGAUUGGGUUGAUCCUUGGGGAUAAGUCUACUUUAUACAAGUACUUGUAUCCAAAUAUCAUCUCUCUUGCGGUUUUCGAUGAUGCUUCCCAAGAAUUGUCGAUCAAAAUCUUUGAUUCCGUUUCUGGUAAAUUGAUCAAAUCAGUGUUCCACCCAGCCACUGACAAGAUUGAUGACACCAGUAUUCAAAUGAUUCAAGGAGACAAUUACUUGGUGUAUUCUUUCUACAGCUACCAUCCAACAAUAUCUUCAAAGAUUCAUGUGGUUGAGUUUUAUGAGUCUCAAAAAUCUGACCAAAAAUCAUUAUCGUCAAUAACCAACCAGUCGGUAUCUAUUCUUGAUUAUGAUGCUGUGCAACCAUUCAUCAGAUUCAAAUCUUACAACUUCGCACAUCGUAUUGAGAAAUUGGCUCUCACAUCAACGAAAUUCGACAUUUCCACAAAGAACAUCAUUAUGAAACUAUCGAAUGGUCAGAUAUAUUUGAUUCCAAAGUUCCUCAUUAGUUCUCGUCGUAUUGAAGGCCGGGAGCUCACCAAUUCUGAAAAGAUGGAGUACAUGAAUAUUCCGUACGAUGCCAAUCUCCCAAUUAAUAACAACGCCAUAAUCAACCAUAAACGUCUUAUCGUCGGAGACAAUAAAGCCCAAAUGUUUUCAGUGGCGACCAACCUUGAGAGUACUACCAUCAUAUGUUAUGCUGGUAAUGAUAUUUUCUGUACGAAGGCGUACCCUUCAUCACAAUUCGACGUGCUAAGUGCCGGUUUCAAUAAGGGGCAGUUAUUAUUGACCAUUGCUGCGUUGGUUUUAGCGGGUUUGGUCAGUUGGUCGAUGGUGGAACGUAAAAAGCUUAAUUCUUUUUGGAUUGACAAUUAUUGA